GGCCCCGCCCCCUGCUCGCGGUCACCUGCGCUUCCGCUGGGGUCCCGGGGGUCCCGAGUGGGGGCGGGGCGGUGGCGAGCCUUCCCAGGGGUGAGGUAGAACGGCACCGCGUGUCACCCGCAUCGAGUACUCGGCGCCCGGCCGAGCCCAGCUCGCGAGGGCGCCGGGAAGAGGGAAGAGUGGAGCCCUAGACCCGCGUUCCCAUUCCGGGGCGUCCCCCGGAGCGGGAGCCCGGGUUGCGCGGUGGCAGAUGUCCCGGCCGUGGGGCCUGGAAGCGAUUUUUGCCGAGUCACUCACUGCACUUUUACUUGGGCACCUUGUGACCGCGAAUCAAUUAAAUGUAAAAGUAUUGGCUGGGCGCGGUGGCUCACGCCUGUAAAUCCCAGCACUGUGGGAGGCCGAGGCGGGUGGAUCACGAGGUCAAGAGAUCAAGACCAUCCUGGCUAAAACGGUGAAACCCCGUCUGUACUAAAAAAAAUACAAAAAAAUUUAGCCGGGCGUGGUGGCGGGCGCCUGUAGUCCCAGCUACUCGGGAGGCUGAGGCAGGAGAAUGGCGUGAACCUGGGAGGCGGAGCUUGCAGUGAGCCGAGAUCGCGCCACUGCACUCCAGCCUGGGAGACAGAAGGAGACUCCGUCUCAAAAAAAAAAAAAAAAAAAAAAAGUAUUUAUUGAGCCUCUGCUGCGUGGGGGACCGUGAGGAUCCGAAGGUGCACACGACUCGGAGUUUGCGGGAGCAGCCCACGGCGUGGGGUCGCCAGGCCUGGGCAGGUGGAGGGCGCAGCCAGGAGGCUGUUGGUGCCAGGCGUGCAGAGUGCGGAAGUGGGGCGCUCCCGCAGAGGCUGCGUGGGACCCCUUGGUGCAAGGCCACGGCUUUGGCUUAUGGAGAAGAGGGGCGGAGGCGGUGCAGGCAGUGGGAGCAGGUUCUGGAGGACACGUGCCGGCGGCAGGACUUCAACCCCUGUGAAUAUGAUCUGAAGUUUCAGAGGAGCGUGCUCGACCUUUCUCUCCAGUGGAGAUUUGCCAACCUGCCCAACAAUGCCAAGCUGGAGAUGGUGCCCGCUUCCCGGAGCCGUGAGGGGCCUGAGAACAUGGUUCGCAUCGCUUUGCAGCUGGAUGAUGGCUCGAGGUUGCAGGACUCUUUCUGUUCAGGCCAGACCCUCUGGGAGCUUCUCAGCCAUUUUCCACAGACCAGGGAGUGCCUGCAGCACCCCGGCGGGGCCACCCCAGUCUGCGUGUACACGAGAGAUGAGGUGACGGGUGAAGCUGCCCUGCGGGGCACGACGCUGCAGUUGCUGGGCCUGACUGGGGGCAGCGCCACCAUCAGGUUUGUCAUGAAGCGCUACGACCCCGUGGGCAAGACCCCAGGAAGCCUGGGCUCGUCAGCGUCGGCUGGCCAGGCAGCGGCCAGCGCUCCACUUCCCUUGGAAUCUGGGGAGCUCAGCCGCGGCGACUUGAGCCGUCGGGAGGACGCGGACACCUCAGGGCCCUGCUGCGAGCACACUCAGGAGAAGCAGAGCACAAGGGCACCCGUACCUGCCCCCUUCGUUCCUUUCUCGGGUGGGGGACAGAGACUGGGGGGCCCUCCUGGGCCCACGAGGCCUCUGACAUCAUCUUCAGCUAAGUUGCCGAAGUCCCUCUCCAGCCCUGGAGGCCCCUCCAAGCCAAAGAAGUCCAAGUCGGGCCAGGAUCCCCAGCAGGAGCAGGAGCAGGAGCAGGAGCGGGAUCCCCAGCAGGAGCAGGAGCGGCCCGUGGACCGGGAGCCGGUGGUGUGCCACCCCGACCUGGAGGAGCGGCUGCAGGCCUGGCCAGCGGAGCUGCCUGAUGAGUUCUUUGAGCUGACGGUGGACGACGUGAGAAGACGCUUGGCCCAGCUCAAGAGUGAGCGGAAGCGCCUGGAAGAAGCCCCCUUGGUGACCAAGGCCUUCAGGGAGGCGCAGAUAAAGGAGAAGCUGGAGCGCUACCCAAAGGUGGCUCUGAGGGUCCUGUUCCCCGACCGCUACGUCCUACAGGGCUGCUUCCGCCCCAGCGAGACAGUGGGGGACUUGCGAGACUUCGUGAGGAGCCACCUGGGGAACCCCGAGCUGUCAUUUUACCUGUUCGUCACCCCUCCAAAAACAGUCCUGGAUGACCACACGCAGACCCUCUUUCAGGCGAACCUCUUCCCGGCCGCUCUGGUGCACUUCGGAGCCGAGGAGCCGGCAGGUGUCUACCUGGAGCCUGGCCUGCUGGAGCAUGCCAUCUCCCCAUCUGCGGCCGACGUGCUGGUGGCCAGGUACAUGUCCAGGGCCGCCGGGUCCCCUUCCCCAUUGCCAGCCCCUGACCCUGCACCUAAGUCUGAGCCAGCUGCUGAGGAGGGGGCGCUGGUCCCCCCUGAGCCCAUCCCAGGGACGGCCCAGCCCGUGAAGAGGAGCCUGGGCAAGGUGCCCAAGUGGCUGAAGCUGCCGGCCAGCAAGAGGUGAGAGCUGCCAGCCUGAGGUGCCCACUCCGCCAGCCACAGGAUCACCUCCUCUGCCAGCAGGAAUAAAGACUUGUGCAUCCCUCAA